AUGGAGGCCCGAGCAAACAGCAUCAAGGCCGAAGGCAACAAAUGCUUCCAGCGCGGCGACUUUGCCGCCGCCGAGGGCCUCUACUCACAAGCAAUCAUCGUCGACCCCAAAAACUCGGCACUCUACACCAACCGCGCCCUCGUGCGCCUCAAGCUCGAGAUGUGGGGCGGCGUCGUCGACGACUGCACCACCUGUCUCGAGCGCGUCCCGGACAACAUGAAGGCCCUGUACUAUCUGUCGCAGGCCGAGCUGCAGCUGCGCGACUUUGAUGCCGCCGUCGCCCACUGCCGCCGCGCGCACGCGCUGUGUGUCCAGAGCGACGACAAGUCGCUGACCAACAUCACCAACCACAUGCUGGACUGCAAGCGCGCCCGCUGGAACGACAUGGAGAAACACCGCUUGCGCGAAGCAGGUGCGCUGGAGGGAGAGAUGGUGGAGCUGGCCGAGCGGGAAAAGGCGAGCGUCCUCGCGUCGCUGGACGCCAGCAAGAGCGGCACAAGCGGCGAAGGAAGCGACACCAGCGAAACCAGCGCCGAGUACGCCGAGAUCGCCGCCGAAUGGGACGCAAAGAUUGCCCGCCUGCGCGAAACGUUUGAGCGGUCCCGCGCCGCCAGCGCCGUCGAGGCCCGCCGCACCGUCCCCGACUGGGCCAUCGACGACAUCACCUUUGCCAUCAUGGUCGACCCCGUCGUCACCAACACGGGCAAGUCGUACGAGCGGGCCGCCAUCAUGGAGCACCUGCGCCGCCAGCACACUGACCCGCUGACGCGGGAGCAGCUGCUGCCCUCCGAUCUGCGGCCCAACCUUGCCCUGCGAGCCGCAUGCGAGGAGUUUCUGGACCAGAACGGGUGGGCUGUGGACUGGUAG